UCCAUUUUUCAUUUGCAACGUUGGCAUUCGUUUGCAUACAUCACCUCGACUUCCGGUAACAUCGCAGAUUACGCUACUCGGAGAGAAAAACGAAACAAAAUGUCCAAUGGGUCCAACGUAACGAUCACAACUAUGGUCUCGAAAUCUCAUGUCUAUCCCACCGCGAACGCCAAAGAAGUUGGUAACGACGAGAGCUAUACUAGCUUUUACACAGGUCUUGGACUUGCUAUAAGUUCCAGUUUGUUUAUCGGCAGCAGUUUUAUCAUAAAGAAGAAGGGUCUUCUGCGUGUUUCACAAACGUCUGGGGUGAGAGCCGGAAGUGGUGGAUUUGCUUAUCUAAAAGAAUGGCUAUGGUGGACUGGCUUGAUGCUGAUGGUGCUGGGUGAAAUAGCCAAUUUUACAGCCUAUGCAUUUGCCCCAGCAGUUCUUGUGACACCUCUUGGUGCCCUAAGUGUUCUAGUCAGCGCUAUAUUAGCAUCGUACUUUCUUCGUGAAGACUUGAACAUCCACGGGAAGAUUGGCUGUUUUCUAUGUCUUCUCGGAUCGGUUGUUCUUGUUAUUCACGCUCCUCAGGAAGAAGCGAUAGAUACAGUUGAGGAACUUGGUGCCAAAUUGACAGAUGCUGCUUUUGUUUCCUACGCGUGCAUUGUCCUUUUGGCUAGCGUGGUGCUGGUAUUUCACUAUGGACCGCGAUACGGAAAGGAGAAUGUACUUGUCUACAUUGCCAUAUGUUCAUUGGUUGGAUCGCUCUCCGUCAUGGGUUGUAAGGGUCUCGGUAUUGUGCUGAAACAGAUGUUCCAGGGUGAGAACGAGCUGAGGAAUCCCGUCGCAUGGAUGCUUUUGUUCGCUGUGGCCGGAUGCAUAGUGACUCAGAUGAACUACCUUAACAAGGCUUUGGAUAUUUUUAACACUGCAUUAGUAACGCCGAUUUAUUACGUGAUGUUCACGACAUUGACCAUUAUAGCGUCUGCUAUUUUGUUUAAAGAGUGGUCGAAUCGCGAGGCGAAGGACGUUCUAGGUGCUCUAGCUGGUCUACUCAUCAUUAUAGUCGGUGUGUUUCUUCUGCACGCCUUUAAGGACGUGAAGUUCUCGAUUCUAGAUUUACCCGGUCUGUCGAAGACUACAAGAUCAAGCGCCAGACCGCUUAUUGAUGGUGCCGAACAAGUACUUAUGAAAAAUAUGGUCGAAGGCGACGAAUCUGAGGAGGACAGUGAGGUGGAGAUUAAGGUUGUUGGGAACUCUUCGGAAAGCUCCAUUGGUAAUCAUCGAUAGGAUAGCCUACUAUUUAUUGUUAAUACAAAUAAUUUUAUAUUGUACGAAAAGUUAACUUAUGUAGAUUUUGUAUCUCCUCAUUCCUUACAAAUUUUUGAGACAGAGAACAUAUACAAGCUGGUAUUGUUUACAAUGAAGUAUCUUACUCUUGGUAUUCAGCGAGUGAUUAUAAUCAUGCCAAGCUUUGUUGUUGUACAUAGACUGCGAUGUUUUGUACAUAUACAAUGUUAAAUGAAUAGGUUCAUGUCGGAGAAUUUGAUUUUCCAAAACAGUUAAACUUUUUAAUUCCAGAA